AUGACCUCCUAUGAUCGGCACGCAUCCCACGAUUCUCCCUACCGCACCGGAAAGCAUGUACCUUUGAGUCAAAGCCGUCACGAGCCUCUUACAUCCAUUGCAACAAGUGCGAUCGAGUCUCGGCCGGAUCUGACGGAUUCCUUCGAGGACGACCAACCAAAAGGAUCGGCAGGCUCUCAUCCCAAUGGCUGGACUGGUUCCCCUACUGGUGUUGGCUCUCCUAACCGCCCAUACUCCCCCGGGAUGAGAUCGCUUUCUUCCCAGAAGCGGAGAUCAACCGAUCCGGGGACAGAUGGUGCCGCCGAAAUUCAGAUGCAGAGCUUCCACGACGGCGCUCCCCCUCCUCCCCCGGUAGGCCACUCGUGGCGGAAAAUCGAGCGAUGGCUGGAAAGUAAUUACGAAGAACUCUUCGACAAUCUAUGCGAAGGUUGCACCCAGAAUGAUAUCAACGAGUUGGAGCACGAAUUGGAUUGCAGUCUACCUCUUGAAGUACGAGAGUCUCUCAUGAGCCAUGAUGGUCAGGAGCGCCCCGGUCUUCCCACAGGUGUCAUUUUCGGUUGCAUGCUCCUAGAUUGUGAGGAAAUCGUCCAGGAAUGGAAGAAUUGGAGAACUGUGAACGAGGAAUUUCUGAGCGGCUCCAACGUCAUGAACCCUCCUCCCCUCCCUAAAGCUACAGCAAGUUCUUCAUCCACCGUACCCCCGCCGCAAGCUACAAAUCCUUUAUGGAGAAAUGAGCUCCUGGAACGCCAGGACUCGCAGCCCCCGGGGGCUGUUCAAAAGGCAUACGCACACCCAGCCUGGAUCCCUCUUGCUCGUGAUUGGGGUGGAAACCAUAUCGCGAUUGACUUGGCUCCUGGACCAACCGGCAAAUGGGGUCAGGUCAUCAUCUUCGGUCGCGACUAUGACUGCAAGUAUGUGAUUGCUCGCUCCUGGGCUGCCUUCCUCGCAGUGGUGGCGGAAGAUAUCUGCAGCGGCAAGGUGCAUGUAGACGAAGAGACGAAUGAGAUGAAAUUGUUGGAAUUCAAAGCGCAGAAUGUCGAGCCACCCUACUUGGAGAUUCUCCGUUGGAGGACAGACCAGAAGUAUGGGAGAAGGCAACCUCGGCGCAAGGCUCCUACUGGACUGGGACUCAACACCAACAGCAGAUCUGGCAAAGAAUCCCCGUAUGGAAGCCCAGGACCGAGUGAAGAACGUGGCCGUUCGCCUCACCGCUUCCCCAACCGCGGAUCGACUCAGAGUCCGAAGACGCAGUUUGGUGUCUCGAGUCCUCUUGCUCGUGUCACCGAGGAGGCCACGAGUCCUGUGAAUGGGAGCGCUGAAGUUGAAGUGUCUGAGGAUGCUGCCAAAGAGAAUACCAAGGAACCUCGGACAGAAGAUUUGAUGGAAGUGGUCACCCCACAGAUUUCCGGCAAGGAGAACGAAAGUCUCGCGGACAAGCAUGACGAGCGGAAAUCGCCCAAGUCAGAGAAGGCGCAGAAGCGCGAGUCUAACCAGACAGGAUCUACAGCCUUGGAAUCAGAAGUUUUGGGGGAGAUGAAGAAUGUAGCUAUCUAG